AUGAUGGUGCAUUGUGCGGGCUGCGAGAGGCCCAUCUUGGACCGCUUCCUGCUGAACGUCUUGGACAGGGCAUGGCACAUCAAAUGCGUCCAGUGCUGCGAGUGCAAGUGCAACCUCACCGAGAAAUGCUUCUCCAGGGAAGGGAAACUCUACUGCAAAAAUGACUUCUUCAGGAGGUUUGGUACCAAAUGCGCCGGCUGCUCCCAAGGGAUCUCUCCCAGCGACCUCGUCCGCAAAGCCCGGAAUAAAGUGUUCCACCUGAACUGUUUCACCUGCAUGGUGUGCAACAAGCAGCUCUCCACGGGCGAGGAGCUCUAUAUCAUCGACGAGAACAAAUUUGUUUGCAAAGAGGAUUAUUUGAACUCUCCCAGUUUGAAGGAAGGCAGCCUCAACUCAGUGUCCUCAUGUACAGACAGGAGUUUGUCCCCGGAUCUCCAGGACCCCAUGCAGGACGACACCAAGGAAACGGACAACUCGACCUCGUCGGACAAGGAGACCACCAACAACGAGAACGAGGAGCAGAACUCGGGCACCAAGCGGAGGGGGCCCCGCACCACCAUUAAAGCCAAGCAGCUGGAGACCCUCAAAGCCGCCUUCGCCGCCACCCCCAAACCCACCCGCCACAUCCGGGAGCAGCUGGCCCAGGAGACCGGCCUCAACAUGAGAGUGAUCCAGGUGUGGUUCCAGAACCGUCGGUCCAAGGAGCGGCGGAUGAAGCAGCUGAGCGCGCUGGGCGCCCGCCGGCACGCGUUCUUCCGCAGCCCCCGCAGGAUGCGGCCCCUCGGCGGCCGCCUCGACGAGUCCGAGAUGCUCGGCUCCACGCCCUACACCUACUACGGAGAUUACCAAGGUGACUACUACGGGCCGGGAGGCAACUAUGACUUUUUCCCCCACGGGCCGCCCUCCCAAGCCCAGUCGCCGGCCGACUCCAGCUACCUUCAGAACUCAGGACCCGGCUCCACACCCCUGGGACCCUUGGAGCCCCCCCUAAGCGGACACCACUCCUCAGAAAACCAAAGGUACACGGAUAUGAUCUCGCACCCCGACACCCCCAGCCCCGAGCCGGGCAUGACGGGCUCGCUGCACCCCAUUCCUGGCGAGGUCUUCAGCGGGGGGCCCAGCCCGCCCUUCUCCAUGUCCAGCAAUAGCGGCUACAGCGGGGCUCUGUCGCACCCCAACCCGGAGCUCAGCGAGGCGGCGGUGUGGUAG